UGCCGCGGAGCCCCGCCCCCGGCGGGGGGGAUGUGGCUAUGGGUGAGGGUCAUGGGGUGUGAGCGCCCCUGAGCUGUCGACCCGGAGGGCCGCUGGUGCCCUUGCCUGGCCGCCGCGAGCAGCGCACCCAGCCCCGCAGUCGCCCGCCCCGUUCCCGGCGGCGGCGCAGUCCAUGCGGCUGGGGGCGGAGGCUGGGAGCGGGUGGUGGGCGCGGCGGCCCGAGCCCGGGCGGUGAUUGGCCGCCUGCUGGCCGCGGCUCAGGCCCGGGCGGCGGGCGGCGAACGCAGGCGGGAGCCCGCUGCCAAGGAGCCGAGAAGAUGCUGCUGUCCCUGGUGCUCCACACGUACUCCAUGCGCUACCUGCUGCCCAGCGUCGUGCUCCUGGGCACAGCGCCCACCUACGUGCUGGCUUGGGGGGUCUGGCGGCUGCUCUCCGCCUUCCUGCCCUCCCGCUUCUACCAGGCGCUGGACGAUCGGCUCUACUGCGUCUACCAGAGCAUGGUGCUCUUCUUCUUCGAGAAUUACACCGGGGUCCAGAUACAAUAUAUACAUGCAAUUAUAUACAGAUGCAAUUAUAAAUAUACAUACAAAAUCAAGCCACAAUAUUUUGAGAAAGUUAAAGUUUCCUUUACUCCUGCACUGCGUACACCUUUCCCAGUGCAGAAGCAUGAAAUACACCCGUGUAACUGGGGAUACCUCUGUGCCAUUACGAUGGAAGGCACCAGAAAUGAAAACCCAAAUAAGAAUGUGUUGCUUGGAGAUUUUAGAGUACUGUGUAUGUGUAUAAGUAUAUUGCUAUAUGGAGAUUUGCCAAAAAAUAAAGAAAAUAUAAUAUAUUUAGCAAAUCAUCGAAGCACAGUUGACUGGAUUGUUGCCGACAUCUUGGCCAUAAGGCAGAAUGCGCUUGGACAUGUGCGCUACGUGCUGAAAGAUGGGUUAAAAUGGCUGCCGUUGUAUGGGUGUUAUUUUUCUCAGCACGGAGGCAUCUAUGUAAAGCGAAGUGCCAAAUUUAAUGAGAAAGAGAUGAGAAACAAGCUGCAGAGCUACGUGGACGCAGGAACUCCAAUGUAUCUUGUGAUUUUUCCAGAAGGUACAAGGUAUAAUCCAGAACAAACAAAAGUCAUUUCAUCCAGUCAGGCAUUUGCUGCCCAACGUGGCCUUCCAGUAUUGAAGUAUGUGCUAACACCACGGAUAAAGGCAACUCACGUUGCUUUUGAUUGCAUGAAGAAGUAUUUAGAUGCAAUUUAUGAUGUUACAGUGGUUUACGAAGGGAAGGACAAUGGAGGGCAGCAAAGAGAGGCACCGACCAUGACGGAAUUUCUCUGCAAAGAAUCUCCAAAAAUUCAUAUUCACAUUGAUCGUAUUGACAAAAAAGAUGUCCCGGAAGAACAAGAACGUAUGAGAAGAUGGCUGCAUGAACGUUUCGAAAUCAAAGACAAGAUGCUUAUAGAAUUUUAUGAGUCACCAGAUCCAGAAAGAAGAAACAGAUUUCCUGGGAAAAGUGUUCAUUCCAAGUUAAGUAUGAAGAAGACUUUACCAUCAAUGUUGAUCUUAAGUGGCUUGACUACAGGCAUGCUUAUGACCGAGGCUGGAAGGAAGCUGUAUGUGAACACGUGGAUAUACGGAACCCUACUUGGCUGCCUGUGGAUUACUAUCAAACCAUAAACAAGUAGCUGUCUCCAGACAGUGGGAUGUGCUACAUUGCCUAUUUUUGGCAGCUGCACAUGACAUCAAAUUGUUUCCUGAAUUUAAUAAGGAGUGUAAAUAAAGCCUUGUUGGUUGAACAUUGGAUAUAAUAGAAAUUGUGACGAAAGUUGAUAUGCAAUGGUCUUGGGCAAACAAAUGUGGUGAUACAACCUUAGCACCGGGGCUGCUGGAAGGGUAAAAGCUCAAUGGAGUUUCUCCUGCUCUUUCAAUUUCCCACGCGCUAAUGACAACUUCAGAAGGCUAGGAGGACUGUAUAUUUUGUAAGUCAGAUGGCUGCAUUUUUGAGCAUUAAUUAGCAGCAUAUUUCACUCUGUUAUUUUCAAUUUAUUACCAUUUGACAGCUCCAAACUCUUAUACUAAAGUACUUAGUAUCUUGCAGCUAGGUAAUAUUUCAUGUUUUGCUUAAUUUCUACAAGUCAGUGAAAGAAACUGUAUUUAAGAAGUGUCAGCUGGGUGCAGUGGCUCAUGCCUGUAAUCCCAGGGCUUUGGGAGGCCAAGUCGGGCAGAUUACCUGAGGUCAGGAGUUCAAGACCAGCCUGACCAACAUGGAGAAACCCUGUCCCUACUAAAAAUACAAAAUCAGCUGGGCUUUGUGGCACAUGCCUAUAAUCCUAGCUACUUGGGAAGCUGAGACAGGAGAAUUGCUUAAACUUGGGAGACAGAGGUUGCAGUGAGCCAAAAUCGUGCCAUUGCACUCCAGCCUAGGCAACAAGAGUGAAACUCUGUCUCAAACACAAACAAGAAAAAAGAAAAAGGAAGUGUCAAGAUGUUAAACGGAAAGGGUAAAAAAUAUUUGUGGGAAAAGCUCUGUUUAGCACAUGAUUUUAUUUGUAUUGCAUUAUCAGCUGAUUUUACUCAUAUUUGCAAAAUAAAUUUCUAAUAUUUAUUGAAAUUGCUUAAUUUGCACACCCUGUACACACAAAAAUGGUAUAAAAUAUGAGAAUGAAGUUUAAAAUUGUGACUCUGAUUCAUUGUAGCAGAACUUUAAAUUUCCCAGCUUUUUGAAGAUUUAAGCUACGCUGUUAGUACUUCCCUAUGUCUGUGCCAUAAGUGCUUGAAAACAUUAAGGUUUUGGGUAUUUUUAAGUAUCAAAAUAGUCAGUGUGAACCUUGGUUGGACCCUAAGUUCACAAGAUAUUUAAGGUGAUGGGAGCCUGCAGACAUUCUGCCUAGAUUUACUAGCAUGUGCCUUUUGCCUAUGUCUCUUUGAUUUAACGGAGUGUGAAUUCAGAAGUCGCGUUUCUGUACGUGCUGGAUUCCCACUGGGCUCUGCUUCUUUACCCAUGGACCCCGUCAGUGGUGCUGCUCAGCGGCUUGCACGCAGACUUGCUCGGAGGAAAUACAGAGCCAGCCCAUGCUGCUGCUGUCCGAGGUCAACUCACUAAGCCUUUGCCGGCGGGCUUCACCAGCCACUGCAGAGGCAUUUUGCAUUUGUCUGUGUCAAAAAAUUCACCUUGUCAAACCAAUGAAAUAUAGAUUGGAUUCAUCAGGACUGAGCGGAUUUGUUCAUUUCCCAUUAGUUUUAAUGGAGCGACACAUUCAUAUGUAUCACCUUAGAGCAAGAGCGGUGUUCCAGGAACCGAAUCAUGAAUUUCAGCCUUGGAACCAUGGGAAGAAGACCUUUCAGUGGGGACUACUCUUUUUUUGUGUUAUAAUUUAAACUUGGAUUUCCUCAUAGUCCUUUAACAUUUCUGCUUACUGCUACUGGAUUUUGUAGCAAAAAUGUAUCAGUGAGCCACAUGAAACAUACCAACUGGAUCGUGAUAAACAAAAUGAAAAAUGAUUAAGGGAAAAUUAAGUGACUGUUACUCUGCUUCUCCCAAGCCAGAGAAUUAACUUUCAAGCAGUGUCUUUGAAGAGUCAUGUGGUGUGAAGUGGUGUGUAUGCAUUAGAAUGUACAUAUAUUCACACAUCCAUGUUCACUCAGGAUACAGGUGGCCUAAUCAUCAAUGGGGGUAUGGAUAAACUUAAGAAAAGUUUCCUCAUGCUGCAUUGUAAUUGUUUCUUACCUGUAAGCUAAAAUUUAGAUCCAUUCCAUGUCAUUUUAAAGUACAGGAAUUUAACAUAUUUUGAAUAUAAUGGAUAUGCUCUAAAUUUGAAUUUCGAGAGGCAAUACUAUUGGAGUUAUGUGGAUUCUGACUCAUUUUAACAAGGCAGCCUAACCUGCCUAAAAUCACUUUAAUGGUUACGUUUCUUAAAACUAUACUAAUCUUCUCACAAAAGGUCUAUAAAAUAUGGUAGUUGAAAAAAAAUUUGUAUCAAAAUGUUUGGAAAGUCAAACGCUUCUCCUUAACCUGUGUUCACAUUGCCUUGAGUUAUUUUCUCCUGUUAAGAGCCCUAUGCCUGUAAAUCUUUUCACAUAUCGUUUCAACUUUUGGUUGUGUUGUCAUUGAUUUACAGCUGAGUUGUUUUUCUUUAUAAGAAUGUCAUCGAUGUGCAUGCUUUUAUGUUUUUCAGAAAAGGGUGUGUUUGGAUGAAAGUAAAAAAAAAUAAAAUCUCUCACUGUCUCUAA